CAGCCCCGGCGCUGCUCGCAGGCGCAUUAUCCGCCAUCCCUCCGGAGCCAGUCCGCCAUCCCUCCUUCCCUCGCUCGCUCCCCGCCGGCCGGAUACACAGCGCGCACGAGUAAAAUGGCCGAACUUUUAAUGGAAUGUGAGGAGGAAGAAUUAGAACCAUGGCAACAGAGAAUAAAAGAAGUUGAAGAUGAUGAUGAUGAUGACGACGAUGAGCCAAUUUUUGUUCGGGAGAUUAGUAGUGCAAAAGUAACCAAUACAAAUAAUACGCCUGGAACACAACAAAGCACAUUUCCACGUGUAGAGAAUGGGACACCAAACAGAGGAGUCGCUGCUUCAUUUACAUCUCCUGUGAACCACUAUAAGAACCCUCCAUCAAAUACUGGUACUCAACCAGUUACAUCUGUAUACCAGUCUGUAACUAGACCAGCGUCCAGUUCUGCCAUUGUACAAGCACUGCCAAGACCUGUAUGCCCCCCAGAGCCAAUAAAACGAACCCUCCCUGGAUGUUUACCAGCUCAACCUAGAGCUAAUCCAGCUAUACUGCAACCUGUUUGUAGACCUGUGACUAUUGUGUCAAACUCUCAGCCAGUAUGUAGAAAUAUUACAUUUCCAGCAAUGACCCAGCCAGCCCUACGGCCAGUUGCCACCAUAACAGCACAACCAGUAAUCUUAAAUCAGGGUUAUAUUGUGAACUCCCCCCAAGGUUCUUCAAAUUCCCAAAAUGUAAUGUAUGCUUUGCGGCCAGGCACAACGUUAACACAAUUCCAGGGUAUGCAAGCUGUGACAGCAACAGGGAAUGCUACUCAGUUGGUUCAACCACUCCAGCCUAUGACCCAAAUUCGUCCAGUUUCAACUCCAUCAAGAACAGCUCCCACUCUCGUCCAGAGGCCUGCCCCCAAAUUACCAUUGGUGACGCAAAACUCCCUAGUGCAAGUACAGCAACAGCCCUUAUUCGCAGGGAAUUCACAGAAAAAUCAGCAAGGAAUACAUGGACAGAAUUUACCAGGUGCAGGACGCAUUGAAAAUGCAUCAACGGAGAAACGUCCAGCUCCCAUAGAGAUUACCAGCAUUUCGCCCAAAAAAACAAAAACCAAUGAAAAUGGUCCUAACAUUCGACCAGUAGCAACAUUGUCCAAUAAACCAACAGCUCAAGCACAAAAUUCACCUGUUAACGUUAAUGUAGGUACUACAUCAGGACCGUCUCCGCAGAAAAAUGGGGCACCAUUUCCAAGAGCAUGUCCAAAAUGCAACAUACAUUUUAACCUUUUGGAACCUAUGAAGAGGCAUAUGACGUAUUGUUGUUCGGACAAGAUGCAUAAUUUUUUCCAUGGCAUAACAGACACAGAAGUUACAAGUUCACAAGGGAUGGCAGAGGAAUCUGAGAAGGGAAAGCUAAUAAUGUUAGUGAGUGAUUUUUACUAUGGACGACAUCCUGGAGACGUUCAGCUGGCACAGCAAGAGCAGAAGACUCACACAACUUUCAGAUGUUUCAGUUGUCAGAAGCUCCUUAAGAACAAUAUAAGGUUUAUGAACCAUAUGAAGCACCAUUUAGAGCUUGAGAAGCAAAGCACCGAAAGCUGGGAAAACCACACUACCUGCCACCACUGUUAUCGGCAGUUUCCCACACCAUUUCAGCUGCAGUGCCAUAUUGAGAGUUCUCAUACACUCUACGAAUCAACAACCAUUUGCAAGAUAUGUGAAUUAUCGUUUGAAUCUGAGCAGAUUUUGUUGCAACAUAUGAAAGACAAUCAUAAGCCUGGAGAAAUGCCUUAUGUCUGCCAAGUAUGUAAUUUCAGAUCCUCAUCUUUUGUGGAAGUGGACACCCAUUUCAGAAAUUCCCAUGAAAAUACAAAAAGUUUGCUAUGCCCAUUUUGUCUCAAAGUCAUUAAAUGUGGAACACCAUUUAUGCAGCAUUACAUGAAGCAUCAAAAUAAAGGCGUAUAUAGAUGUGCCAAAUGCAGACUGCAGUUUUUGACUUGUAAAGAAAAAAUGGAUCAUAAAACUCAGCAUCAUAGGACUUUCAGAAAGCCAAAGCAAUUAGAAGGACUGCCUCCUGGGACAAAGGUUACAAUUCGUGCAUCUGUUGGGAAUGUGAAUACAGCAUCUACUACUACAACUUCCAUCUGUACUAGCCCUCCAUCCACCCCUGUACAGACACCUAAAAGCAAGAACACAAACACUAAAACCAACCAGGCUUCUGCAACCAAAUCUAAUGUUCAGCAAGUGAAAUCCAAACCACCACCUCAAAAGAAACUGGGAAAUGCUAACACCACCACCACCACCACAACAACAACUACAAAAAGGAUCAAGAUUAUCAAUUCUGCUUUGCGAAACCUAGGGUGUGUCUCUGGGCUUCAUAAGUGUAUUGAGUGCCAGCUGGAAGUGAAAGAUUUUGAAAGUCAUUACCAUACAUAUGUACACUGCAGCAAGUGCAAGUUCAGUACAAGUUGUAAUAAAGCCUACAUGAACCACAUGAUGAGUUUUCAUGGCAGAAAUUCGCAUAAACGAUCUAAAGGUUUUAAAAAGACUCAUAAAGACAAGAGGCGUAUUACCCUGGUUUGCCUCAAUUGUGACUUCCUAACUGAUGUUUCUGGUAUAGAUGACAUGGCAAAACAUUUGGGUAAAAGCCACUCUCACUCAUGCCAAGUUAUCAUGGAGACGGUUUCCAUAAUUUCCUCAACCCUCCAAGGAGACAUAUCUAAAUCAAUAUAUGACCCUUCAGUAGGACUGAGGCAAACAUAUUGCAAGAAAGAAUCUGGCACACAUGUGUUGGAAAAAACAAAUAACAGCACAGGGGAAAAAAAUGAAGUGGUGAUGAAACAAGAAGAAAGCAGUAUUGUUGAAAGUCAUGCGUUUCAAGCGGUCCAAAGAAACACAUCCUUGUGUAACAUAGAGAUUGCAUCUGAGAAGCCCAAAGACGACUCUGCUAAAAAUAAUACGGAAAACUGUUUUACAAAUGCAGAUGUAGGAAAAGCAGAACUGUGUGAAAAAAAUAACUGCAGUGCUAAGGAAGAGCAAGUGGCUUCCAAAGAGGAUGAAUCAAGUCAGGCUCCAGACAAUACAGCAUUCUCUGAAGAUACUGAAGAUCUUAAACAAUUCCUUGAACCACUGGACAAAAUAGAGGACAAUAAGGACUGUAAUUCUGACGAAGAUGUCAGCUUUGUGCAGUUUUUGAGGAGAAGGGAUGACACAGAAUAUGUAGGUUCUGACACCAGUUAUCAAAGUAGUGUUCAUCUGGAGCCUUUAACACCUUCAGAAGUUUUAGAGCACGAGGCUACAGAGAUACUACAGAAGGGUGUUGUUGCUACUUCUCCGCAGAAAUGUUCAAGCAGUGACCAAGCAAUAGAUGUUAAGGAUGCUGGCACAAAAACUCAUGUUGUUGCAGUUAAAACUGAGGAAGACCAUGGGGAAAGCUGAGCUGUAAAUGAAAAUAACCUGAAACAUUCCUGCUUAUGCAGUAUGUAAUGGAUAGUUGUGCUAAUAGUGGACAUUGUGUAUGUGUGGACAACAAAGACUAAGGAAACACACUUCCAGCUGAUUGCAAAACGGUUUAUGCUUUGAAUACAAGCUUCGUAGAAUCUAGGGACUUUGAGGUUAGAAGCUGCUUGAAAAGUCAGUGUUACUACAAAGACAGUAUGAGACACAUAUUGAAGAAUGAAAAGGGGAACGAUAAUACACUACAUAGGCUGGAAUUGUAUUUUGUUUAUUUUAUUUCUUUUUUUUUUUACUUAGUAGAAAAAGAAUUUGACAAUGUAAUAUGGCAGCGAGUUUGUCAUUUUUUUUUCAACUGUGGAAUGAUAUUAUCCUAUGAAUUUUUAAGUUAUGCAUUAUUCUCAGUUAUUGUAGGAGAAAAAAUUGGAAAACUUAGUUUUGAGAUUACUUUUUAAAAUUUUACCUGUUAGAAAUAUCUGCACCUGCACAGGUGCAAUACUGCCAGGCAAGGCUUUUUUUUAAACUUUCAGUGAAAGUGAGACAAUACUGCAUUGUGGACAUGUGUGUGUAUAUACAUAUAAAUAUAUAUAGGAAAUAUUCAUA